CGUACACCAUUUCACUGUGGACAUUACACCCUCUUACAGAUAUGGGAGACAUGGGAGACCCACCAAAAAAAAAACGUCUGAUUUCCCUAUGUGUUGGUUGCGGCAAUCAAAUUCACGAUCAGUAUAUUCUGAGGGUUUCUCCGGAUUUGGAAUGGCAUGCGGCGUGUUUGAAGUGUGCAGAGUGUAAUCAGUAUUUGGACGAGACCUGUACAUGCUUUGUUAGGGAUGGCAAAACCUACUGUAAAAGAGAUUAUAUCAGGUUAUACGGCAUCAAGUGCGCCAAAUGCAGCAUCGGCUUCAGCAAGAAUGACUUCGUGAUGCGCGCCCGCGCCAAGGUGUACCACAUCGAGUGUUUUCGCUGCGUGGCCUGCAGCCGCCAGCUCAUUCCCGGCGAUGAAUUCGCGCUGCGAGAGGAUGGCCUCUUCUGCCGGGCAGACCACGACGUGGUGGAGAGGGCCAGCCUGGGCGGCGGGGACCCCCUCAGCCCCCUGCAUCCCGCUCGGCCGCUGCAGAUGGCAGCAGAACCUAUCUCUGCCAGACAGCCAGCUCUGCGGCCCCAUGUCCACAAGCAGCCAGAGAAAACCACCCGAGUCCGGACUGUCCUUAAUGAAAAACAGCUUCACACCUUGAGGACCUGCUACGCUGCCAAUCCCAGACCUGACGCCCUCAUGAAGGAGCAACUGGUAGAAAUGACUGGCCUCAGCCCGAGGGUCAUCAGGGUUUGGUUUCAAAACAAGCGAUGCAAGGACAAAAAAAGGAGCAUUAUGAUGAAGCAACUUCAGCAGCAGCAACCCAAUGACAAAACUAAUAUCCAAGGGAUGACAGGAACUCCAAUGGUGGCUGCUAGUCCGGAGAGACAUGACGGCGGUUUGCAGGCGAACCCCGUGGAGGUGCAGAGUUACCAGCCGCCCUGGAAAGUACUGAGCGACUUCGCAUUGCAGAGUGACAUAGACCAACCUGCUUUUCAGCAACUAGUUAAUUUUUCAGAAGGAGGACCUGGUUCCAAUUCCACUGGAAGUGAAGUAGCAUCGAUGUCCUCUCAGCUGCCAGAUACACCCAACAGCAUGGUAGCCAGUCCUAUUGAGGCAUGAGGAACAUUCAUUCAAAUAUCUGUUGUUGUUUCUGCCCUUACCCUCACCCCUGUUGAAGAGAGUGGGAAAGUGAACGUGUUGGGACUUCGAAAUUUAGGGGGAAAGAAUAUUUAACAACCCUGUAACGAACCUAGCAAGGAACUGCUCCAUGAGAUGAACGGAGUCAUAUUUGAAAAGACAAGGUAAUAUGGUAGCAACACUGUGAAGACAAUCAUGGGAUCUUACUAGAAAAAAAAUACUUAAAAGAACCACAACCCCCCCACAAACCCUGCGCUUUUCAAUGAUCAGAGGAGUGUCGAAAAGACGUUUUCCAAAUAUAGUGGAUUUG